AUGGUGGGUGAUCCUGGUACCAGCAGGAAUAGGACAAGCGGGUCCAAUUGGGUACCAAAACUCACCUUCUGCGUUGUUUUGUUGUUUCUUCUCCUGGUGUGCGUGGUCGGCAUGGCUUGGCUCGUCAUGAAUCCCCACGAACCAAGCAUUCGGGUGGGUUCACUUUCUGUAUCCCACUUUUCAGUUUCUGAUUCACAGCUCAGAGGCACGUACGACAUCGGAUUCAACAUAAGCAACCCCAACAAGAAGAUAGACAUGCUCCUCGACGAAUUUAGCGUUUCGAUACGCUAUCAUAAAGUGGAGCUCGCUCGGGCCACGGUGCAGAAGCCGGAGCCUAUCUCGCUGGAGAGGAGGAGGGAGAUUAACGUGAAGGUUCCCAUAGUGAUGAAGGUGGACUUGCUCAAACUGAGGAAGAAGAAGGUAUUUGCAGAAGUGAAGGAGGAAUGGAGGGGUAGGAAGAUGGUGAACUUCCACGUCGGAAUGGAAGUGAGUGUGAGAUUUGAAGCUGGGAAUUGGCCACCAAAGUCGAAGCUUUUCAAUCUGAACUGUGGUGACGUGGGUGUCGUCUUCUUCAGAGACCCCAAAGACGCCGCCGGCAAGCUUGUGGGUACUGGUGGGAAGGAUGAAUGUCAUGUUUAG